AUGGUGCAUAUUCAAUGUUACCCCAGUCGUUUGCACAAAUCCGCCCUCUCGCUCGACGAAACUUACGCCGACAUUGCUCCUGUCCGCUCGGACGACUCGAACCCUGCUGCCUUCGUGUCGAUCAUGCGUGGAUGCAACAACAUGUGCUCGUACUGCAUUGUCCCUUUUACCCGCGGCCGAGAACGUUCGCGGGAUUUGCAUUCGAUUGUAGACAACGUCAAGGCAUUGCGAGACCAAGGGGUGAAGGAAGUGAUGCUCCUUGGGCAAAAUGUCAACUCGUACCAUGACAAGCGCACCGAAGGCGCGCAAGAAGAAGGUCGGGCGUAUGUGCCUGCUGCAGGCUUUAACAACAUGUUCAAGGCGCGCGACGCAUUGGGCUAUCGCUUUGUCGAUUUGUUGGACCGUGUGUCGGCCGUCGAUCCUGAAAUUCGCAUUCGAUUUACAUCCCCGCACCCCAAGGACUUUCCCGACAGCGUCCUCCAGCUUGUCAACGAGCGCGCCAACAUUUGCAAAUCGAUUCACAUGCCCGUGCAGCACGGCCACUCGGACGUGUUGGCCCGGAUGCGCCGAGGACACACCCGUGAUGCGUACUUGAAUCUGGUGGACAACAUGCGAUCGAUCAUCCCUGGGAUUGCACUCAGCUCGGAUUUCAUUGCUGGGUUCUGUAACGAAACUGAAGAAGAACACCAAGCCACGUUGACCCUCAUGCGCCACGUGGCGUUUGAUCAUGCGUUCAUGUUUGCUUACUCGAUGCGCGCCAAGACCCACGCUGCUUAUCGCAUGGAAGACAACGUGGAGGAAGCGACAAAGCUGCGACGGUUGGCAGAAGUGAUUGACACGUACAACACAGUCGUCACUGCAAAAAACAAAGCCGAAGACGAAGGCCGGCUCCACGUUGUGCUGGUGCAAGGUCCCAGCCGUCGCUCAGAGUUGAAGCUCACGGGAUUGACCGACACGAGCAAGCGAUGUGUCUUUCCAGGCGAGUUGCCCAUUCUUGCGCACGUCCCGGUGGCCCCGGAAGCCUCGAUGGUGUGGAAUCCUGCCACGCUGGACUUUGACGCUGCGUCCAACAAUUCGAUGGGACCGACAGUGUCGUUGCAAAAGGGAGACUACGUCCUUGUCCGCGUCCAUGAGGCCGGGCGCCACACGUUGCACGCGACGCCCCUUGCUCGAACGACGCUCACGGAACUGCAAAACUUGGCUCCCGCAGGCUUGCUUGGGUAUGUCAUUUUGAAAGCCGCCCAUGUGGGGCAUGACGACGUUCGAAUAGGGCACGACGACAUGAUUUGGCUGCGCUCAUUCUCUGACCCAUCCAUUGCAACCAGAAGCUAG